AUGGCCGCAUCCAACGUCGACAAAUCUGCGUCUAGCAAACACUUCAUUAUCAACCACAUGAACGCGGACCACCAGAAAUCGCUGGCGAUGUACCUCCGUGUCCAUUGCAAUGUUGCCGAUGGAGACGCCAAAGCCGCACGAUUGGAAGACAUCACUCUGUCUGAUCUGCUCAUCAGCGCCAAGGGCACCCGCUACAGCGUGCCCCUAGAUCCACCCAUGAAAACAUUUUCCGAUACUCGACAGCGCGUGGUGGCAAUGCACAAGGAGUGUCUUGAACGGCUGGGGCUUUCAGAUAUCAUCAUCAAAGAGUAUAGAGCACCCCGAGGCUGGGAGGCCAUAAACUUUGCCGUGGUCGUAGCUACGUUAGUUGUGUUUUCUCGAGGCAGCAAUUUCUUGCCUGGGUCAUUGCUCUACGAGACGGCUGGCCUUGACAGAUUCCCAGCAUUCACUCAGUUUUGCCACACCGUCCAGCCCAUUCCAGGCACGCUUCUGCUGGGGAUUCAUGUUAUUGAGGUGGUUCUUCUUGCCGUGAAGCGCUUGAAACCUCACGGGGUGCCAUUCUUGUCUGGUGUAUGGUUUGCGUGGGUAGCAACCAUUAUGAUUGAGGGGGUAUUUGCAUUCCGGAGAUUUGAUCGGAUGGUGAAGGAAGAGCAAGUGAAGAGGGAGCAUCGCAAGUAUCCCCUCGAAACAGCAAACAUGGGUAUUUCUCGCGACUCCCGCCACAAGCGCUCGGCUACCGGUGCGAAGAGGGCCACCUACCGCAAGAAGAGGGCGUUCGAGAAGGGUCGCCAGCCCUCCAACACCCGUAUCGGUUCCAAGAGAAUCCACCUGGUCCGCACCCGUGGUGGUAACCGCAAGUUCCGUGCCCUCCGUCUCGACUCCGGUAACUUCUCCUGGGGUUCCGAGGGUAUCUCCCGCAAGACCCGUGUCAUCGUUGUCGCCUACCACCCUUCCAACAACGAGCUGGUCCGUACCAACACCCUGACCAAGUCGGCCGUCGUCCAGAUUGAUGCUGCUCCUUUCCGUCAAUGGUACGAGGCCCACUACGGCCAGCCCCUCGGCCGUAGACGCCAGCAGAAGACCGAGACCACCGAGGAGAAGAAGAGCAACAGCGUUGUGAAGAAGCAGGCUGAGCGCUUCGCCGAGAACGGCAAGGUCGAGUCUGCCAUCGAGAGACAGUUCGAGGCCGGUCGUCUCUACGCCGUCAUUGCUUCCCGCCCUGGCCAGAGCGGUCGUGUUGACGGUUACAUCCUGGAGGGUGAUGAGCUUGCUUUCUACCAGAAGGCUAUCAGGAAGUAA